GGGAUUUUUAGGUAUACUCAUAAUGGCCGGGGAUGAAUACUAAAAGGGAUGUUUAGUUUUAUUUCGCGUCUCCACUCAGGAGAAAAAAAUUAGCUGCAUCGAAACGUGACUAAAUUAUCGAGAUUAAACGUGCGAUGGAAAAACGAUAUGAAAAAGCGUUAAAAAACCGCCUUUGUACGAUGUGAUUGAUUGCGGCGAGUCCGUUUUUGAAAAGUGGAUUUAAAAAGGAAGGCCAACAUGGCGGCUGGAUCGGCGGUAGCGAUGAUAGGGGCCAACCUUCGGUUCGGAUCGAGCGCCGCCAACAGCAGCCUGAACGCCACCAAAGUGUUCCAAUGCCAUCCGGGCGGUGAGGCGGAGGCGGUCCUGAUAUUCGCCUUGGGGGCGAUGGGCAUGGCGGCCAAUCUGGCCCUGAUGGGCGUCAUAUUGUCCAACAGACAGCUGAGGAGGUAA